AUGGAUUUCAGGAAAGUUGAAGUAUGUCAAGCCUGUGGCAAAUUGAAAAAUGUCCUUCAGAUGUACCUUUUAGACCUAGAAUGUGGCCUGCCCAUCCAGGUUCAUGAUUCAGGAUUGUGUUUUAAAGGUGGUGAUUCUAUGGAAGUUGCUGCCUUAGAGGCUUGCUUCCGUUUUCAAACCGCAGCCUGCUCAGACUGCUUCCCUGGAAGACCAGAGGCCAUGAAAGGAAGCUCCCAGAGAAGAGCUGGAGCCAACACGCUGCCUCAUUCAGACACGAGUGGGAGCGUGUCACCUGUCACUCAGGGCCGGAGGGGGCGGGGCCUGGAGCCCUAUCCAAUCAGGGAGACCGGGGCGGGGCUGCCCAAUCAGGCGCUCGGCCAGAAAAGCCGCGGCGGCUUCCGGGUGCGCGGGCGUUUGUCUCCCGUGUCCGCACGUGGGUGGGUCGGCCAGUCGCCGCCGCCCUUCGUCUUCGGUUGCCGGGCUGCCGCAGGCUCGGCCGCAGCCUGGGGCCUCCCGUGGCCUGCAGGUGCCGAGGGACGCCCCGGAAGCCGGGAAAUGAACUCUGUUGCCUUUGAGGAUGUGGCUGUGAACUUCACCCAGGAGGAGUGGGCUUUGUUGGAUCCUUCCCAGAAGAAUCUCUAUAGAGAUGUGAUGCAGGAAACCUUCAGGAACCUGGCUUCUAUAGGAAACAAAGGGGAAGACCAGAGCUUCGAAGAUCAGUACAAAAAGUCCUGGAGAAAUCUAAGGCACAUCAUAUCUCACUCUGGAAACAACCCACAUAGGUGUGAGGAAUGCAGAGAGAAGCCAUGUACAUAUAAACAGUGUCAGAAAACGUCCCUUUCUGUCACAAGGGUUCAGAGAGACACAGUAGUGCACAUUGGAAAUGGACCUUCUAGCUGUAAAAUAUGUGAGAAAGUUUUUAAUAUUCCCAGUUUAUUUCAAAUACAUCAGAGAAAUCACACUGGAGAGAAACCCAAUGAAUGUACGGAAUGUGGGAAAGCCUUUGGAUUUUCCCGUUCUCUUAAUAGACAUAAAAGGAUUCACACUGGAGAAAAACCCUAUGAAUGUAAGAAAUGUGGUAAAGCCUUCAGUCGUUCCAGUCACCUUCAUGACCAUGACAGAACUCAUACUGGAGAGAGACCCUAUGAAUGUAAGCAGUGUGGGAAAGCCUUCCGCUAUUCCAAUGGCCUUCACUACCAUGAAAGAACCCACACUGGAGAGAAGCCUUAUGUGUGUGUGGAGUGUGGCAAAGCAUUAAGUUGUCUCAGUUCCUUGCAGGGACAUAUAAAGGCUCAUGCUGGUGAAGAACCGUAUGCAUGUAAGAAAUGUGGGAAAGCCUUCAGAUAUUCCAGUUCCCUUCAGAAACAUGAAAAAACUCAUACUGCACAGAAACCCUAUGUGUGUAAGAAUUGUGGGAAAGUCUACAGAUGUUCCAGUUACCUUCAUAACCAUGAAAGAACUCAUACUGGAGAGAAACCCUAUGAAUGUCAGAAAUGUGGUAAAGCCUUUAGUCGUGCUAGUACCCUUUGGAAACAUAAAAAAACUCAUAUUAGAGAAAAGCCCUAUAAAUGCAAAAAAACAUGAAGGUUUCAGUCAUUACAGUUCUUGUCAAAAACAUGAACAAUCACAUGCUUGAGAGAAACUCUGUGAAUGUAAGGUAUAGGACAGUACUUAACUUUCCCAGAUUUCUUCAAACACAUGAAAGGAAUCAAACUGGAGAUAAACCCUGUGACCCUAUAAGCAGUAUGGUAAAGCCUUUAAUUUUUCCAUUUCUUUCUAAAAACUUGAAAGGAUUCACACUGAAGGAAAUCCUAAUGAAUGUAUAAAAUGUGGUAUUGCAGGCAUGUGAUGGUAUAAAAACACCUGCAUUCUAGAGAAAAACUAUCAUUCUAGAGAAGAACUUUAUGAGUGUCUCAAAUGUGGGAAUGCCUGCAUUUAUCCUGUAACUCACUCGAAGACCUAUGGUAACACAUACUCCAGAUUGACCCUAUAAAUAAAAGAAUGCCCACCAGAUUGAAACCCUGGUAGCUUGGGAAAUACAUAAAAUUGUGAAUUUUAACAGUUACUUUAAAAGUCAUGUGAAAACUCCUGCUGGAAAUAAAUUCUGUAAAUGUAAGUAAUAUGGAAAGCCUUAUGCAAAUUAAUUAUAGUACAAUUCUCAAGAAAAUUCACUACGUGAACGAGAUGUUUUAGGAGCUAUAAGCUGAAUUUAUCAAUUCUCAUUUUUAAAGAGCGUCUCUAGAAUAUAGAUUUUCACUUACUUUGCAAACAAACAUAGAGGUGAGACUUUUCAAGCAGUAGUACAAGAGUUAAAUAUGUAUUUUUAUUUUAAAGCUAGUAAAUUUUAUUUUUCUAUCUAUUUUAAAGUGUGUUGGGCAUGUUCAUUUUCUUUAUUUUCCUUUUUUCAUUCUUUUUUUCUUGCAUAGCCAUUUAAAAAAAAAUUUGUGGGUUACAUACUAGGUGUGUGAAAGUAUUUCUAACAUGUAUAUGUAAGUUUAACCUCUAUGUAGUUGUUUGGUUAAUUGGCCAUUGAUAAAUGAGUCUUUGUUAAUUGCUGGGAUUUUUUUACUGGCUUUAUAUGGCAGGAUUUGUAUAUUUUCAACACUAUUAUAUAUAUGUUCCGUUAUUUUAGUUGACAAAAACUAUUCUCUUUUGGUGUAAAAAAAAGUUUAUUUUCUUUGCUAAUAAAGAGUUGCUGUCAAUUUG